GCAACGCUGAGUUCGCUCCCACAGAUUUCUCACCCCCUUUUUUCCAUUCAUUUUUCGAUGAUUUAAAACAACAACAGCAUAGAGAUAUAAAGCAACACCGCCGAUUUGACCUGAAACCUUUCUCCACCACCCUCCCGUCUCCGGAGCCGAGACCGAGAUGGGGAAUGAAGCGAGCAUGGAGGGCGGCGGGCAGCCCGGUGAGCCGGGAGCAGCCGGGAUGAUGGGGUCGGUGAUGCCCGGCGGACCCGCGACAGGACCGGGGGCAGGACAGCACAUUAAGCCGGUCAAUGGAGCCGCUGCUGGGGGAGGAAUGGGAGUUGGAGGCCCCGGGAUGGGAAUGACGAGGGGUCAGAUGGGUUCAAUGGGUAGCCCCAAACCAGGCAUGCAACAAGGAGGCCAUGGAGGAAGUGGAAUAGGAGGAAUGGGCGGAGGAGGAAUGGGAGGAAUGGGAGGCAUGGGCGGAGGAGGAAUGGGAGGAGGAAUGGGAGGCAUGGGAAGCAUGGGAGGAGGUGGAAUGGGAGGCAUGGGAGGAGGUGGAAUGGGAGGCAUGGGAGGUAUGGGAGGAGGUGGAAUGGGAAUGGGAGGUAUGGGAGGAGGAGGAAUGGGAGGUAUGGGAGGAGGAGGAAUGGGAGGGAUGGGAGGAGGAGGAGGAAUAGGAGCAGGCAUGGGCACAGGUGGAGGAAUGGGGUCCAGAGCCGGUGAGCCCUACCGCCUGGCUACCCAUGAGAGUCCAUCUUCCCCCCGUCAUAUGCAGUCAAGUCAGGGGCAUGGCAUGGGGCAGGGUACGGGGUCUGGCCACGGGAUGGGUCACAGCCCAGCUGGAUCCAACAUGGGAGGCCAUUCAGGUCAAAGUCCUGGUCAGCACGCCUCCCGUCGUAAUCUCCAAGUUGACUUCAGUGGUUCGGGUGGCUCCAGAACAGGUCGGACAUCCUCUGUGUCUCCUGACCGCGGCGUGACACCUACUUCGCCCUACUCUGUGCCACAGAUCGCACCAAUGCCUAAGAGCAGGUUGUGCCCAGUGUGCACCACCACAGAGCUGUCCAACCCACCGGCUGUACCCAACUACAACACCUGCACCCAGUGCAAGUCCACCGUUUGUAACCAGUGUGGAUUCAACCCCAACCCGCACCUCACUGAGGUCCAGGAAUGGCUGUGUCUGAAUUGUCAGAUGCAGAGAGCUCUUGGCAUUGAUAUGACCACACCUCGCUCUAAGAGCCAACAGCAGAUUCACUCUCCGUCCCACCAAGCCAAACCCAUUGUCCAGCCUCAGCAGCCGACGCCUCAGCCAACACAACCAACAGCAGCAGCCCAGCCAAAACCUUUGGCGCAGAGUCAGCCCACCCAGCGACAGCAGCAACAUCAGCAGCCACAACAGCAGCCGCAGCAGCAGCAACAGCCUCAGCCCUACGGCCAGACGCAACCCUACUCCCAGUCUCAGCCAUACUCCCAGUCCCAGCAGUAUCCCCAGUCUCAGCCCCAGUUGUACCCUACAUCCCAACAGGGGCCUCAGCCUCAAAGCUCCCCAGGCUUGCAAAGACACCAAGGCCCUGGCGCCUCUCAGACUCAGACAGGGCCUUAUCAGCAGGGCAUGAGGUCAGACCCAUACUCCCAAAGAGGUCCUGGCGCCCAAGGAGCUGUCGGAGGUCCUGUAGGUGGCCCCAACCAGCCAGGAGGUCCACGAAUUCCCCACCCCGGAGCUGUGCCCCUCCCAGGGUUGACCAAGGCCCCCUCCCAACCUGAUUUGGGUCGGGGUUCCCCAAUGCAUCAGUCUAUGGCACGGCAUCAUGAUCAGACCAGAAGCGCCGGCUCUUCUCCUGCCCACAGACCUCAGAGUCAGGCCCCACCUCCUGCCCAGGAUGGCCUGACCAAACUGUUUGGCUUUGGGGCGUCUCUGCUUAAUCAGGCUAGUACACUCAUCAAUGUUGACCCUCUAUCAACUGCCUCCACCCAGCCUAGCCCUGCACGAGGCAAAGUGGUGUUCAGUAAUGCAUCUCCUGACAACAAGCAGCAACAAGGUGCCCCAGGCAGCAAAGCAUUUGGUAUGGGAGGCCCUCAUGCUCCAACUCAAAUGAGUGGCCCUCAUGCAUCAGGCCAAAUGGGAGGCCCUCAUGCAAUGGGUCAAAUGGGAGGACCUCAUGCAAUGGGGCAAAUGGGAGGACCUCAUGCAACGGGUCAAAUGGGAGGACCUCAUGCAACGGGUCAAAUGGGAGGACCUCAUGCACCUGGUCAAAGGGGAGGUCAACAUGCACCGGGUCAAAUGGGAGGUCCUCAUGCACCGGGUCAAAUGGGAGGUCCUCAUGCACCGGGUCAAAUGGGAGGUCCCCAAAUGGGUGGACCGCAUAUGCCAUCCCAAAAGCAACAGACCAUGCCCCAUCAACAAGGAAUGCCACAACAUCAGUCGCCGGCGCAUCAUCAAAAAGGGCUGCAAGGACAACAACCACAAGGAACACAUCAGCAGUCACCUGCUCAUACGCAAAAGGCGCCGCAAAAGCAGGAACCUGCGGUAGCCCCUGUGCCUGCUCCAGAGCCCGUUAAGCCUAAAGUGAACUGUCCUCUUUGUAAAACGGAGCUGAACAUCAACAGUUCUGACCCACCUAACUACAACACCUGUACACAGUGUCACAGCCAAGUUUGCAACCUAUGUGGCUUCAACCCGACACCACAUCUGGUGGAGAAAAAGGAGUGGUUAUGCCUCAACUGCCAGACCCAGCGGCUGAUGUCAGGAGGUGGCCUUGACGAUCCCCCACUUCCUGUUCCUCAUUCGUCUCCCAAGCACCAGCCAAUGGGUUCCCCUCGCCACCAGGCGCCAACCAGUCAGCAAAGCCCUCUUCACAAACUCACCAAUCAGCAGACUCCAAAGGCAGGUCAGCCCCAAACGCAGAAACCACAAGGUGGGACUGGCGGUAGUGGACCGUUUGCUCCGACUGCUGCCAAACAACUAACAGACACCAAGACCACGACACCAGCCACGACAACAGAGAAACAGCAGAAACCCACUGAGGAGAAAUCCAAGACCGAGCCUGAGAUCCAAACUGCCAAAGAGACCAAACCCUCCCAGAAGAAAGGAGAGCCAAUCACACCGAUCAAGGAUCUUAAGAAGUCCAGGCACUAUGAUGACACUAAAAACAACAGUACCCAUGACUUGUCACGUAGCCCCCAGAGCCUCAGUGACACUGGAUAUUCCUCUGAUGGCAUCUCUAGCUCCCACAGUGAAAUAACAGGUCUUAUCCAAGAAGAGGAGAUGAAGCUAAGUGAGAGGGGAAUCUGUGGACGGGGCUCACCACCUAGCCCUUCUGAGAUCACCAAGUUAGAAAGCUCUAUGAGGCCUUUGCUAGAGAAGAGUCUUUCUGAAGACAAGGUGGAAAGAAGGGGACGGAAGCACAGAGACAGAGACUUGGAUGACAGAGGAAAGCGUCCACGCUCCCUGUCAAUCCCACCUGAUGAUUACGACUCUGACGAGGACCUAGAAGAUAUAGUAGAGGAAGAGGAGGAUGGGGGAGACUGGGAGAGCAAACGUAAGCAAGGGAAGGAGGAGAAGAAAGAAAAGAAAAAGAAGGAAAAAGAGGCUGAGCCCACAGAGAUGACGGAUGAGGAGUUUAUGAGGAGACAAAUAAUGGAGAUGAGUGCUGAUGAAGAAAAUGAGGAGGAGGAAGAGAUGGAGGAAGAGGAUGAUGAGGAAGAUGAAGGUUAUGGCUACCAGAAAUCCAAGAAAAGCCACCAUAAGCACAUAUCUGACUCAGGGAAAGAAAAGCGACGUCUUCAGCACCACUCCAGCAGUUUUGAGGAGGAAACUAAGAGCUCUACUGAUGUUUAUAAAGGUUCAGUAGAGGAGGGUGAGGAAGAUGUCAUGGCAUCCCAGGGAGGCCUGAGGCGCUUCAAAACCAUUGAACUUAAUAAUACCAAUAGCUACAGCAGAGACAUGGACUUGAGCAAUGAAAAUGACUUGAGUCUUGAUCGGGAACCAGAGCUAGAGAUGGAGAGUCUGACAGGCUCUCCAGAAGAACGUUCACGUGGGGACUACUCCUCCACUCUGCCAGCAACUUCAUCCUCAUAUGGCUCAGGCCAGUCUCCUACUUCCAUCUCAUCAAUGGAGGAGGACAGUGACAGCAGUCCUAGUAGGAGGCAAAGGUUGGAAGAGGCCAAGCAACAGCGAAAAGCCCGUCAUCGCUCCCAUGGUCCUCUCCUUCCCACAAUCGAAGACUCUUCAGAAGAAGAUGAGCUGAGGGAGGAAGAGGAACUCCUGAGAGAGCAGGAGAAGAUGAGGGAGGUUGAACAGCAAAGAAUAAGGAGCACAGCACGAAAAACCAAGAGGGAUAAGGAGGAGCUCAGGGCUCAGAGGCGCAGAGAGAGGUCAAAAACACCACCUAGCAAUCUCUCACCUAUUGAAGAUGCUUCUCCAACAGAAGAACUUAGACAAGCUGCAGAAAUGGAAGAGCUCCAUCGGUCUUCUGCUUCUGAAUAUUCCCCUCAGAGUCUGGACUCAGAGGCUGAAGGAUACGAGUCCAAACUUUACAAGUCAGGUAGCGAGUAUAACCUCCCGACCUUUAUGUCUCUUUACUCACCAGUAGAGAAAUCUUCAACAACGACCACAACCACAGCACCAUCUUCAACUUCCAAACCGCUUAAGAGUGCUGAGGAGGUUUAUGAGGAAAUGAUGAGGAAAGCAGAGAUGCUUCAAAAGCAACAAAAACAACAGCAGCAACAGCAGCAACAUGGAAGACAUGGGCAGUACUACGAGGAGGAUGUUAAUGGUCAAGGUUAUGAUGAGGAGUAUGAAUAUGAAGAUCAAACAGAAUAUGACAAUGAGGCAGCAGAGACAGAAACAGAUAUUUAUGAGGAGAUCCGCCAAACAUCUCAGAAUAUCACCAAAAUGCAGCAAGCCACCGAUGAACAAGUAGAGAUUGACAUUGAGAGCUCCUUCCCAGACAAACAGCUUUUAGACACAGGCUCAGCAUUUGCUAAGCUACUAGAACAAAGCAAUGCGCUCCUAACUCCAGGGACGAGCCCAACCCAGAUCUCAGCUCCUGUCUCUUUUGCUGAGACUGGAAGUCGGAUUCCUGAUGUCAGGGUGACGCAACACUUCUCUGCAAAGGAUGGGCACAAAGACAGGAUCAAAAGCCAAGCAGGAAAGAACGGAAUAACUCCAGCAGUUGCUGCCACAACUAUUGCAGCUUAUGGAGUGUAUGCAAGAGAUGCAGUGACUAUUUCUCAGACUAGUUCAAGCCACACCAUGACAACAACUCAGUCUGGUACUUAUGGCAGACAAUCAGGAAGUACUGCCACAUCCUCUGCUACAGUCUCAAGUGUAUGCAGCAAGAUUGCAGAGAUUACCCAAGCAUACAGUCAAAGAGAAGUGAUUACUAGACGGGUUGGGGAGACCAGGGGUGUCCAAGUGCGAGACAGUUCAACAUCUUCUACUGAGCGAGUUGUUGAGCCACGUUCUCCCAAGUAUACUACUUAUUAUAGGAGCACCAGUCCUCCUCUUUCUCCAUCACCACCUCCACAGAGUCCAACCCGUUCACCUUCUAGAAGGGCUACAGCAGAGUUCUCUACACAGACUUUUAAUUCAGCACUACGAAUGGAGUCUGGAGCUGGUUCUGGCCCUACAUCUCCAGUGAUGGCUCAGGGAACCCAAACAUCACAUCGAUCAGCCUCUCCUAGACUCUAUCGACAGCAGUCUUCCCAGGAUGCCCCAUACUCACCUCCUCAAAGUCCUGCAAGGCCAAUGACAGUCAACACUGCUACUUCUCCCCUGUCUUCGCCUACCAGAUUUAGUCGCCAGUCUACAUUUGAAACUUAUUCCCCAUGUGGCAGCCCUCCAGACACACCACCUUAUCAACAAUCUCCAACACAAAGCUUCUAUAGAACACAAAGAGUUGAGAGGGUCAAUGUUGGUACAAGUAUGGUCACCACAGCAAGUACUUACACCAGGGGGUCAUUAUCAAUGGAUAACAUCUCCCUGUGUCGAAUAUCUACGGUUCCUGGCACCUCUAGGGUAGAACAGGGACAUAUGAUCCAAGGUGGAAGUGUUGUAGACCUCAGAACAGUCACCAAAAUGGCUCCUAUUAUCAUGACUGACCAAGGAAUGGAUCUCACGUCUUUGGCCACUGAAAGCAGAAAAUAUCAUGGUGGGGCAGAGGGAAGCAGACACUCAACAAUUGUACAACCACUGAUAAUGAACCUAAACACGCAGGAGACCACCACACCAACCACUGUGAGUGUCACUGUGGCUGCUUCCAUGUUCAUGACCCAGCACAAACAGCCAAUGGUCUAUGGUGAUCCGAAUCAAAACAGAGUGGAUCUAGGUCAGGGCAUUGGCUCUGCUGUUUGUCUUUCCCAGAACAAACCACCUUCAACUGACCCAUCAAUACCAAAAAUUGAUGCCAAACUAGAGGACCUCAGUGUCCAGCAGAGAGAACUACAAAAACAACAAGAGAAGCUGCAAAAGCAACAAGAACUCCUUGAACAGCAGUUGCAGCAGCACCAUCAGAUGCAACAUCACCAGCAACAGGCAUCUGCUUUGGCUAGGUACAGUCUUACUGGCCAGAUCCCACCUUUACUGAAAAAAGACUUACUAGUCAGCCAGACAAGCACUGCCUCAGCUGUGGUAAGUGCUGUAUCACCUAUCAUUAAUCCUGAGAUGUAUGGCACUGGUCCAAUUGAGCUGAAAGGAAAGCCCAGCCCUCCUGGUUUAAUGUCUGGAGGCAAUCCACCACAUAGCAUGGUUGUACAGAUGGAUGGAGCGCCAGACCAGUUGAGAACAGUGACACAGCUCAUGAAAGUAGAAGAAGGACAAGAUGCUAUGGAUUUGACAGGAGGUCAAAUUAAACCUGACAACCAGCCAGCUUGCUGUGAUGUUGUUUACCGACUUCCAUUUGGCGGAAGCUGUGUCGGUGGUUCAGAGAAAGAGGGCAUUAGGCCUCCAUCUGCCCCACCCCUCACCUAUGAAUCUGACCACGAGUAUCAAAUGGAUGGACGUAAGGCCUACACAUUACCUUUCCCUGGUAGGUUGCAGUCUUCAAUGUCAGAUACAAACCUGGCUGAGGUGGGUCUGCAGUCCUACCCUUCUAAACUAGAGCCACAGUUUCAAGCCUCAGGAGAACUCACUAUGGAUCUAACUGGUAUGAAGCAGGGCUAUGGAGGGUUCAUGGGGAUGCAGUAUGGUUCCUAUACAGAUUUACGGCAUGGAGGAGACAUCACAGCCCAAACACUGCCCAUAAGGAGAUAUAAUUCCUUGUCUAACAUCAGUUCAGACUAUGGCUACUCUGCUCGAGAUAUUGCAGGUUUCCAAGAAGCUAACUUGGCUCAGUACAGUGCUACAACCGCCAGGGAGAUUAGCAGAAUGUGUGCAGCACUCAAUUCUAUUGAUCGGUAUGGAAGCAACCCAGAUUUGAUGCAGUUUGGUAGUCUGGGGAGAGGAACUGGGCCUGGGACUGCAAGACUUGCAGUAGGUCUUGGCAUGAGACAAAACCUUCUUUUUGGACUCGAUGGGAAGCCAAUCUCCCACAAUCAAGCACUAACCAACCUCAUCAAUGCUAGGCAGGCUAGUCUAAGAGCUAUGUACCCGGCUGCAAUUAGAUCUUCUGACGGGAUGAUCUACUCUACUAUUCAGACCCCCAUAGCUUCUACACUUCCCAUCACAACUCAGCCUGCCUCUGUUCUUCGCCCCCUAUUAAGGGGGGUCUACAGGCCAUACCCCUCUCCUAACAUGACACCUGUGCCCCUAUCUAGUCUUAGCAGACUACCAAUGAGUCCCAGAAUGCCCUUAUCUGGACAAGCUCCAGUCUCUUACCCAGCACCAGGUCUGCUUCAAACAACAUCAACAACUGCACUUACUGCUGCUGCUGCUACAACAACCUUUUCACCAAUGGGUGCCCCAGUAUCUGUGUCCAUGACAAGUAGCUCUACAGUCCAGGAAGAACCAGUAUACCUUGGAAAAGGUGCCACAAUGACGUCAUCAUCAGCAAAUACCUCAGUACAAGGAACAGUCUUAAUCCCAAUGGAGCCACAACAACAGCCAAUAAAUCUGUCCCAGGCACACCUGAACAGUCAACAACAACAGCAAAUGACAAAUUCCCAGCAGUCUCAACAGCCUCCUCCAGCAGGUCAUAGCUAUCCACCCUUAGCACCAUCACACACUCAUGGAUACACUCAGCCUCCAGCAGGCCCAUCUGCCCCCACGGGUGGCCUACCCAUUCCAGGAGGACUUCCUCCCUUCCCUCCACCAGGUGCCAUACACAAGGAGGGUGAAACAGAAGCAGAGAGGCUUCAUCGUCAGCAGGAGCAGCUCCUGCAGAUGGAGAGGGAGCGUGUGGAGCUGGAGAAACUUCGGCAAAUGCGACUGCAGGAGGAGCUUGAACGGGAAAGGAUAGAGCUGAAGAUGCACAGAGAGAAGGAGCAGAUACUGGUGCAAAGAGAGUUACAGGAGCUGCAGAGCAUCAAGGAACAGGUUCUACAGCAACAGCAAAAUGAGCGUGAGAAACAACUUGUCCUUCAAAGGGAGCAGCUGGCCCAGCAGAAGUCACAGCUAGACCAAAUCCAAUCAUUACAGCAUCAGCUCCAGCAGCAGCUUGUUGAGCAGAAGAGGCAGAAAACAGCUGCAGUACAGCUGGAUAUGAACGGACAGCCCAUGCAUCCCUACACCGACUCCCAGAUAAGCUCUCGUUCCCUUCCUAACUCCUCGUCAGAGAUUUGUCUGAGGAGCCAGGAGGAGCAUGUGGAGACCAGAAGCAACAUGAGGAAACACAGCUCCAUGACCAGGCUCAGUAGGGACAGCUUGGACGGAGAUGGUGUGGUGUUUUACAGCUCUCCACGUAGGAUUGUGGACAGCUGUGUGCAGACAGAUGAUGAAGAUGGCGAGGAGAGGUACAUGAUGCGUCAUCGCACCAGAAGGCGUGGUCGCAGUGUUGACUGCUCUGUCCAGACAGAUGAUGACGAGGACAAGGCUGAAACAGGACAGCCAGUCCGCCGUAGACGUUCUCGUUUCUCACGUCACUCUGAGUCCAAUUCUGCUAGUGGUAGCACUGCGGCCACCACUACUGGAGCUACUGAUACCAAAACUGACACUUCCAAGAUGGUAUCCUCAAGUAUUGCCGUCCAGACCAUCAGGGAAAUGUCUUGCCAGACAGAAGUGGAGCACCUAGGAAGAGUCUCCCCAGCAAUCCAUGUGACUUUACCAGACCCAAACAAAGUAGAGAUUGUGCACUACAUCUCUGGUCCUGAACGGACCCAUAAAGGUCAGUCUCUAGCAUGCCAGACUGACCCUGAAGCCCAGUCGCAGGUAAUUGUAGCUCCCCAGCUGAGUAUACCAACCACGGUCAGUCCAUACUCUUCCUCUACCAGUAGUGGAACACAACAACCUGGUUCAGCUGACCUUCUGAACCAGCAGCGCCAGCAGCAGCACAUUGCAGCCAAUGCAGCCAAGUUUGAGCGCCGCCGUCCUGACCCGCUCGACAUUAACUACCAGCCUCACAACCACCUCCACAACGAGUCCAUUUCCAGCAUCAUCCGGCAGCAGCAGUCUACCCCAAAAUCUCCACAAGUCCUCUACUCCCCUGUCUCUCCGGUGUCCCCUCAUCGCCUGUUGGAGAAUUCUCUGUCUAGUGAGAGGCUGAACAAGGCCCAUGUCACACCUCAGCAGAAGUCCUAUACAGCUGAGUCCCCCCAGCGACACCCCUCUGUGCCACGACCCAUUAAGACCACUCAAAGGUCCAUGUCGGACCCCAAGCCCCUCAGCCCCACCAUGGACGAACACACAAAGGCCAGGCUUAACCUCUAUCAACAACAAGCGCUCCAGAGCCAGCUGGCAGCUCUACAGCAGAGCUCACUGCUCCGUAAGGUCAAGAGAACCCUGCCCAGCCCUCCUCCGGACGAGACUACCACAGCAGCUCAUCUGCCCAUGAUGACACCUACCCUUCAACAGGUCUACCUGCCCUCCGUGCCCAGCCUCAAGCCCAGCUCCAGGUCUGGCCUAGCUGCAAAAGCCAGCCUCCUCAAAGACCUUACCCAUGAGCUGAAGGCCGUGGAGCAAGAGUCAACCAAGCUGAGAAAGCAACAAGCUGAACUCGAGGAGGAAGAGAAAGAGAUUGAUGCUAAACUGAGAUACUUAGAGCUGGGAAUCCAUCAAAGGAAAGAGACACUGGUCAAGGAGAGGGAGAGGAGGGAUAUUGCCUACUUGAGGUGUAUGGGGGACACUAGGGACUACAUGUCUGAUAGUGAGUUGAAUAACUUACGUUUAGCAGCGGCAGCUGCUUCCCAUGAGACCAAUGGCCUACUGUCAACAAGGCCAAGCACUGCCCCUCUUAGCCAGUUCACCAGCGAUCUUAACACGGCAGCCCAGUACCCACCAACCUCUUCCUUCCUCUCAUGUCAGUACCCCCAAAGCCAACCGGCAGCACCAACUCAGCAAUCAAGUCUGCCGUACCAGUCUUCAACAUUUAACCAACCACCAUAUCCAACAGUGUCUCAAUCCCAAGCACUGCCACAGCCCACCCCCCUCCAGAGUCAUGCCCCCCCUCCAGGACCUUCUUACCAGUCUCAGUCCCCCUACCCUUCCCACACCUACCCCCAAUCUCAACCCCCAUACCCCCAGACAGACCUUGGGAUACCAGCUGCACCUCAGCCCCAGCCAGGUCAUACAGGUUUUGGGCCUGCACCACCUGGUCAGCCCCCAUACCCCACCCACAGCUCACCCUAUCCAAGCGCUGUGUCCUCCUACCCAAGCCAGACCACCCCAUACCCUGGGCAGCCCCAAGCUGACAUACUGACAGUCCAUCCAGGAAGACCAAGACAGACUUCCCUAGCUGACCUGGAGCACAAGAUGCCCACCAACUAUGAGACGAUCAGUAACCCAACAGUUGUGGUCACUACAACUGCCCAGGAUGCUACCUAUUCCAGUAGUGCCCCUUCUUAUGGUCAGUACACUGGAUCAACAACUAUGGCCAGCUCCUAUGGGCCAUAUAGCUCAGCACCAGUGUCCAGCAGCUAUGGUGGGUACUCUACCAUACCACCAAGCACUUAUGGUCAAUAUACUUCAACCUCAGCUAAUUCUUAUGGCCAGUACACCACAACCACUGCUAAUACUUAUGGCUACACUACCACCACAGCAAGCUCUUAUGGACAGUACACUUCUACAGUUUCCAAUGCCUAUGGGCACUCUGUAGACAGUCCCUCAACAUACAGCACUGCAGAUGGGAUGUAUGGGGCUCCUGGCUUAGAGCAAAACAUUCCAAGGAACUACAUGAUGAUUGAUGAUGUCAGUGAGCUUACGGCAAAAGACGGGCUGGGCACGAUGACAGGGGACAUGAUGCAUCAUGGUGGCAGCGGGCGCUAUCCAGGAGACAUCCAUGGCCACAGCAGCACCAUUGGCAGCACCACACGUGGGGGAACUGGCACCUCCUCUUAUGGCAGGGCACCUGAAGAAGAAGCAGCGUUGCAGGAAGAUCUGUACGACCACCAUGGCAGGGGUAAGAGCAGCUACAGGCACGGACCUCUAGGGGGCAGCAGCAGCAGCGUGAGCUCUAGCAUGGGUGGGGGAUCCCCCUAUUACUAUGACUACGACUACAAACAUGGCAGCAUCCGCUCAGGGGUACAGAAACCUUCGUCAUCUUCUAGAAGCCUCCUGGCUCCUGCUGUCAUGUCCUCCAAGCGCAGCAAGCACAGAAAACUGGGGAGCAUGGAGCAAAAAAUCUCUAAGUUUUCCCCCAUUGAGGAGGCUCGGGAUGUGGAGUCAGACCUGGCCUCCUACUCCUCAGCAGCAGGUGGGACAUACCCGUCUGCUAACAUCCGAGGGCGCAAGCUGAUAGAGGAUUACGGCUUUAAGAGGACUGCUUACGAAAAUGGCAGUGGCACCAGUCAUGGUAGUCGAUACUACGGUUCAAUGAUUGAGGACGACGAUCGGAUUUAUUAUACUUCCACCGGCCGCUCUCGUUCCACUGGCUAUGGCAUGGACAAGAUCUCAUCCAGGGACUAUUCUGGGUAUCGCAGCAGAUCUUACGAGAGGGAUGAUCGCUCCUAUCGAUCUGGCUAUAGCCGAGGGCGCCACCCAACCCGUCAGUUCUCUGAAGAGGAGAGCCCGCUCAGUCCUCUGGGGAGGUUUAUGGGUUCUGGGCGAUCAUCAAGCUUAGGUCCUGACCCAUAUGACAGUCGAAGCAGUAGAUAUCAAUACUAUAUUGGCCAAUAUGGUUCCAGCCACUCGCUACCAGAUGUGCAAGACCACAUACGGGACCUUCCCCGGACCCAUGUCUACAAAUCGGAAGAUACAUACAUUAUAGACGAUUAUCAUUGCGCUGUGUCAGACAGUGAAGCCUACCAUCUGGGUCAAGAAGAAACUGACUGGUUUGAGAAGCCACGCUCCAGUUCUCGUCACUACGGCAGCAGUCAUUCAACUGGGAGGAGCCGGCAUGGUGUCAAACAUACUUACCAUGAUUAUGAUGAGCCUCCUGAGGAGGACCUUUGGCCCCAGGAUGAAUACGGCCAUGGAGGGCGACAAUCCCGUGACCACCGACAUCAUGGAAGCACUGGCCGACAUACUUCCUCAUCACGUCAUUCAGAUGAGCCAAGGUCCUCAAGGUCGACUAAGGGGCACCCCAAAGACCCAUCAAUGCGCCAUGACCCUUCAGGACGCUCUUCAUCCACAGGAAGGCGAGGAGAGUCUAGGUCUGGAGCUUACCACUCUUCUGAAUACUCCCGGGAUCCAUCUGGGCACCACCAUGGUCAGCGUUCCUCAAGACAAGGAGACCCACAUCGUUCCUCACGCAGCAAGUCCCAGCCACCAGGAGACAUGCAGGGCCAACCACCAGGCUCCUCCAGGUCUGGCAGCGCUUCCCGUGCUCAGGGCCCCACUGGCGGGCCAAUGGGAUCAGGGCGACAGGGGGGUCCAGGUGCCCAGACAGAUGGGACUUCAGGACAGAGGACCCAGCUCCAGCAGCAAGCCCAGACAUCAGCAGCCAGACCAGGGCAGCCUGGGGCUGCAGCAGUUCCUGGUCCUCUGCAGCAGUCCCCAGCACAGGGACAAGGAAUGGGCAUGGGGCAGAACCAAGCAAAGCCCGGGCAGAUGGGACCAGCCGGUGGACCAAUGGGGCAGGCCAGACAGACAGGUCCGGCAGGAACCACGCCACCCACAAUGGCCAAGAUCGACACCCCUCCAGCAACAGCUAUUGGAGCAAAGGCAGCACCAGUCAUGGCUAACAAAGCAGCCCAGCCGCCACUUACAGGCAUAGGCUCCAAGGCGGCUCCUAGGCCAGGAGGAAUAGGCAGUGCAGCAGCAGGUCAGCCCGGCAUGGAGGGAGAAGGGAUGCUGUCCAAGAUCCUGCCAGGAGCAGCUGCUGAGCAGGCCGGCAAACUGGGAGAUGCUAUCACCGGUUUUGGCAAGAAGUUCUCCUCCUUGUUCUAAAGUACUAAUUUGAAGGACUAUGUAAAUGUGAAAUGACGACUCUAUGAGGCCUUGUACCAGAAAAACCUGUGACGUUCCCCCUGCUUAUGUUUCACUUAAAGAGAGAGAGAGAGAAGAAGGAGAGAGAGAGGAUGCUGAUGAGAGCUGAGCAUACUGCCAACAAGGACUGGACUCCUCUGGAUACUUCAUGUCUCAUGGCUGAGCGCACACUGACAGAGAGAACUCACUGAGCUCUCUGGCAGGCCAGACAAUCAUUUCAAGCCAACAUCCAUCCUCAGAAGGUCUAUCCUCCAUCCAGUGUCUCCAGCCAAAGAAGUAGACUCCAUCAAACUACAGUGGAGCCCUGGAACUGUAGCAGCGAGACACAUCUCGGGCCUUUGAUUACACUAACUGGCAGCCAGCUGCUACUCUUCUUCCGUGCCAGUAGAGGGAGAUAUGCUUACGUCGCCUGAGAUUCGUGCAGCUGUUGAAGACAAGCCGAACCCAUGGAAGACAUCUGCCACCUCAAACCUCCAUGUUGGUUCAUCGCUGCAGAUCUGAUGGAAGGAAAUGAUGCAGUUCUACUCCAAUAUGCUGACGACUUCACUCUUUAUAGAGCUGCUUUUUUUCUUCUUCCUCUGCUAACAGCGAAAUGGUAUCCAUACCAUAAGCAUCGAUGGCAUGCUAGGAUCCUUGGUUUCACAGUCCUGUGCUCAAACUAAAAGAAACAAAAAAUAUGCAGAGUCUUUCCUCUUUUCUAUCUCCUCGUAAAGUCAAAAAAUAAGAAUGGGGAGAGGAAUAAAACUCAGCGAAGAAACGCAGGCUUUUCUGGUACGAAAGACCUCUUAUUACAUCUGCUACCAUGAGGGAAAUAAAUGGAAAUGUCAUACUGAAUGAAAAAGACAAAAAAAAUGAUGUACACACGCAGAGAGAACAAGUGUGCUGUCCACAGUUUGCUCUGUUUCUAUCUACAUUCCAGAUCGGAAAAACCUUUUGCUUCCACUCUUCUUCGACUUGUCUGUGUUUCUUGAAUGCUGAUUUCGACUUACUUUCUAACCCCCCCCCCACCGCCCAAUAAUCUUUGCCAUGUCUUUAAAGAAGUGUAUAGUGGAUUCAAAGAAGAAAAAAAAAAAGAUGUAGGAAUCUGGAAUGCAUGGAACUUUAUAUCCAAGACCUUACACUGUUCAUCAUUACUUAACAGAGGCCAUAAAAAAACUGGGAUACACACCUUGGCUUAAUAAUGUAAACUAAAACAAAGGAGAAAGAUUUCUGGAGCAACACACAGGAAUUGAGCCACGGGAUUAUAAGGAGCCUUUUGUGUUUUUUUAAAGGAAAGUUGGCUUGGUAUUCGGAGUGAAGCGGUUUGUGGUUGGGUUGUUUUUCAGCCAUUAUAAAGCCAUUAAGACAACAUUUACCUGCGGUGCUUGUGCUCGUAGGGUUUUUCUGCAACUGCUCGACAACAUGGUCCUCAUAUAUUUCACUCGAUGUUGUAAGUGGUUAUCAUUUCUUUGUGUCUUCUUUUAAUGUUUUCUAUUUUAGAGUUUAGUUUUUUUAUUUGCCUGGUUUUUAUUUAUUCUUUUGUUACAGGUUACCAAUAUCGCCUUAAUCAUUUUAAAACGUUUUAUUUUCCAGGGAAAAUGGCAUAUUUUUUUAUUACACCAUGUGAACACAUUUUCAUCACACUUUUUUUUUAAUGUAGAAAUAUCAGCAGGAACACUGGCCACAGGGAGAUUAAUUUAUAUUUUUUUAAUUUAUUUGUUUUUUGAUAACUUAAGUGAUAUAAUUUUUUCUUUAAUUUAUUUUUUUGUAAUGUUUUGUUACCUUCAUCAAGCCCCCCCACACAGUCGAUUUUCUGACUCUUAUUUAUUAUCAAUACUUACAAAAGCAAUAGAGUUAGUGGUAAAGAAAGUUAAGAGCACAAUCUUGUGUCAUUUUAAAAAGUUGGUGAAACAGUAAUGUGUUGCCUCCGUCUGUCUACUUUAUCACUGAUGAACCGUUAAGACUGACUUUCACUUACCACAAAACGUACUCCAAUAAUGUACCACUUCUGUACUGAUACAUCCGAGAACAGGAGAUCACCGAUGAACAAACAUUUGGUACCGCCCAGAUCUCCUCCUCCAAACCGAUAAUGAGACAUCACGAUGUCUUCAGUCAGCGGAUCGGAGUGAAAAGCUGCUCUUAUGAGCCAGCUGUCUGACUGAUCCGCAGCACUGCAGGACAGCAGAGAGGCACUGAAAAGCAAACACGUCACACUUCACAGCAGAACUGGACUUUUGACGUCGCAACCUGCAGGGGUUGGGGGUGUGGAUGUGAUUCUUUCUGACCAUCCAAGAUGGAUGGAGUCCUUACACGUAAAGUGUGUAUCAGCAUGUGUCUUCACUCUGUCAACUGUGCACAGUGCACGGGAAAGCACACUCUUAGAUAGUGUUGAAAAAGAGAGAAAAAGAAGUCAGCACUCAUGUGACUGAGGAACCAAAAACAUCACACUUGGUUGUGUCACAAAGCCACUCGCCUUUUUUAACUUCUCAUUUUCUAUUGUGGUGGCGUCCAGACCUGCAACCCAACCCCGCCUCCCCCCUCAAAAAAAAAACCUCUCUCUCAGACUGUCAGUUGUCAUGGAUACUUCUCAGGUCAGUGUUCUCCCUGCUGUUGCUCCUGCAGUGCAUUGUGGGAUCUGUGGUUCGGUACUCAAAAACAUUACUCUGUCGGGCCAAAUAUUGUGAGGCCUUCAACGAACCAACCGACUUCUGCUGUAUAUUGUCUGUGUGAACGCUCGCUGGGAACUUUCGCAUGCUGCCCGGCGCGGGAAAAAAACCUCAAAAGUCACCUCUAUAUUGUUCUGUUCCUAAUGUUUGUAUGUAAGUGUGUGAAGGUCCGUAUGCGUGUAUUUAACAACCAUCAUACAAUGUGGAAAAGAAAAGAAAAACAAAGACAACCACAAGUUUUAACCACAACAAAAAUGGUGAGCAGAAGAGGCGACCUCUCAUCUCCAGUCCUUCUAUGCAAUGAAUCAUAUUUGGGGAAAGGAAACAGAAACACAAGGAGGAAAAGUGAAGUGGAAACACAAAAACGGGGAAUAGUCACACAAGCAUUGUUUUAUCACACCUGAGUUUAAAAUCAAAAAAUUGCUUUCUUGUGGAAAUCCUCAUAGUUUAAAAAUAAGGAGGUUCUGUGACUUUGUUUGUGUAAAUUGUAGGUCACCAGUAAUUUAUGAAAUAAUAGGAAGGUUGUUUAUAUUACUUGUGUUUACCUGGCAUGUUCAGGAUGCCCUAUUCUCUCUCUAGUUGGUGCUUCUGCCAGAGGGAUUUCAAAAUAAAACAAGGGCAGGUGGUGGGUUGAACAUACAGAAAAUAUGUCAAGAGAUCUAUAGAAAUACAUUAUUUGUAUGAAUUAAGAAUACAUAUAAAUACUGCAAUAUAUCCCUUAUGUUUAGUUUGUGUCUGCAGAGGUGUGAAGAAGAGAAGGUCCUUUUAUUGUUUUUGUUUUUUUACGAUUACUGCCAUCUGUCACCAAAAUGACAUGCUCAGCUACCUUAAUGUGCCCUUGUUCUCAUGUUGAAGAGACAGAAAUAUAAGAAGAUGAUUUAGGUCAAACACAAAGCCAGUUCAAAUACCUAUAUAUACACAGAUGAUAGAUAAUAAUGUAUAUCAUAUUGAAGAGUAUUGAGGGCUUCUGUUGAAGCGCUAUUCAAGGCAUUCCUACAGGGAACUAUCCGGUGUGAGAGUGUUUGUGUACAUGUGUUUGAGCGUUGAAAAAGUGCACUGCCACGACGGAUUAAGAUUUAUAAGAUAAAUACACUGUGGACAAAUAAAUAUCUGUACCUCAAACAAGAUAACAAAACUAUCUAAACGUGUAUCAAGCCAACAUGGCAAAUAUAUAGAGAGGCUAUUUAUGAAGAAUACAGAUUUUUUAAAAAGAGGUGGUUUUAUGCAGUAUAAAAAACAUCUCUUUAGUCCUUCAAAACUCCUUCGAUAACUUUUUUGAAGUUUGGCCUGAUAAGUCACUGACAUUGUAAUAAAAGCUAGUAUACAUAUAUAUUUAUAUUUUGUGAAGCAUUAAUGAGAGGAUUUAUUUAUUUUAGAAUUUAUUUUAUCAUACAGAGAGGAGUUACAGAGCAGGCUGGGAGUAAAGAAAGAGUCGGUUUCAAAUAAUGUGACAUAUAAAGAGUUUAUGCAGAUUUCAUAUAUCACUUGAUUUAUGCACAGCCCAGAAUAAUCACGUUCAACACAUAUUUUCUUGGAGAAGAUAGUUCUUUGAGUCGUCCUUAUUAAACACGUGUCCUGGUUGUUUGGUCUCAGAUCAUGAGAUUGGUGCGUAAAAUUAUCGUUCCUGUUCCAGGCCUGAAAUGCCAGUUCAGGGUUUCGAUGUAUCGAAGAUUUGAAACUGACAUAAUGUAACUCCAAUGGUCAGCACUGAAUUGAAUUGUUUUGGCAGUGUCUUAAGCCUCUGUAGAGAAUUUCUUGCUAAUAUUUUGGUCAUGUUUGGAUCCACUUUCUCUGUCACACAUUGCUUGUUCCCGUCGAGAUGUUUAAAGCUUAGAGCAGUGAUUUCACAGGUACAUUGCCACCAGAUCAGUGAAUAAACCAUUGAAGGAUAAAAGAGAAAACACUUGUUGAAGUAGAACACAAAUAUUUAGAAGAAGAGUUUAAAUUGACCCAACAUACCAACUUCCUCUAGUGUAUGUCAUGUGUGUUGGAAGUUUGUAAAGCAUUUUAGAUGAAACGUUCCUAAAUCACUUCUGCCUCAGGAAAGCAAAGCAUUAAAGCAACCGAGACGUUCCAUUAGGCGUUAGAAAACAUUGGAUGGAUUUAUGCAGGGGCAAUAAAUCUGAUGUUCGAUAAAACGACACAGAUGUGAUCUUCCCAUUGUGAUCAAUAACAAGAGGAGUUUAGUAAUAUGCCUAUCAAUCAGUCAUUUAGAUGUAAAAAUGUGUUGCUCCUGUGUGAAAACAGCCACUGAAGGUGACUUAAAUAUGCAUAGCAGCAAAGGGCUUGAACAAUACAAUACUAGUCACUGAAGAAAGCCAUUCUGUUACUGCCCUGAAGCCAGUAGUGGACUCUGUCUAUGCUCUGCAGCGUGUCUGUCUAUAUCUAGAAAAAUGCAACCGACUUUGUUCCAGAUUACCACCAUCACCUGUGGUCAAAAUGGACACACUAUCACCUGUUCUUAACAGUUGUUUAAAGCACAAAUGUAGACAACAGUCAAACAACUUAGAGUUGUGUUUCAUGUUAUAGUGUGAACAGAUAUUAAUUGAAAUGGGCACGGGGAAAACCCUUUUUCCUUUUACCCCCUAAUCCCUUUGACAAUAGAAGAAAAUCCUGAGUGAAAAAAAUGUGUGAUUUAAAAUGUCUAAAUAUACAGAACUAAAGUUUCCAUUAACUGUC